CUCCCUUUAGGUCAUGGGCUUCGAGAAGAACGGAAAUGAAACGAUGAAUUCUCAACACAAAGACCAACAAAUACUCAGAAAUAACCAGGCUGAUUUAAAAAACACAGAUCUUCAUAUGGAUCAGUCUUCCAAAUUACCAGACGAUCCGCUCCACAUUCCUGCAUCGCAUUUAGACACCCAUUCAGUCGGUUCUGAUGACUUCGAUGCUCUGUUUAGUGACGAUGCUGAAUUUGAGCUGGCCCUUAGAAACAAUCUAUUGGAGGAUGACACAUUUAUCAAUAAUUCACAUUUGGAUACGAAUCACAAACCUCCAAAUAACGAAUAUUCAACGGCUAAAGAUGAUAUAAAUUUGCCACAAGAUGAAUGUUUGUCUUCCACUGACUAUAAUGUUGAUAUUGACUUACCAAAAGAUGAAUGUUUGUCGCCCAUUGACUAUAAUGAUGAUAUUGGCUUACCAAAAGAUGAAUGUUUGUCGCCCAUUGAUUAUAAUGUUGAUAUUGACUUGCCACAAGAUGAAUGUUUGUCACCCAUUGACUAUAGUGUUGAUAUUGAUUUGCCAGAGGGCAUAACGGAUUUGCUAGAGAAUAUUUGUUCGCCACCUAUGAAAAACACUGUUAAUAUUGACCUGCCAGAAAUCGUUACGAGUCAAGCAGUAGGAAACCUGAAGAUCAAUCAACCGCUUCCAAUCAUAGAAAUUGACAGUGCCGCAGAAAGCCGUGAAAUUUCUCUGUCUCCACCACCUAGUCUUCCUACUCCAUUAUCUGAAUCAUCCUCCUCCUCCACCACUACCACUACCACUGCUAUUACUAAUGCCGAUAUUCCGACAAUAACCAAAUCGAUUUCAGCGUCUUCUUCCACCGCUGUCAGAAAAGAAAUGCUACCUCCCAGACGUAUAUCGACAAGACAGCGAAGCGAAAUUCAAUUAAAACCAUACACUCUCGAGGGCGCACGAUAUGCUCAAUUACUAGGUCGAGCACCAUCCAGUUCUAAACUGAGUAAUACUCAAAUCAUGUCUCUUAAUGAUGACGAUGAUGACCAAGAUUUCACGCUGACUCAAACUCAACCUACAUAUGAAGAUCUGGAAGAAAUAUUUGAAAAUAGUCUGAUAGAAAAUCUCCAUCGUAUACAAGAGCGAAAUAAGCAGGCAUCACUCACUAGAACUGACAGUUCAGGACUCGAUUCGCUUAGUAACGCGUUUGAUGGCUUAUCUUUGCCAAACACAAGUAGAGUCAAAGAUACAGUGAAGAAAAAGCCGAUAACAUUUCAAAAAAAAGGAAGAAAAAAGAUACAUCCUAAGUUGUCUUUACCUUCUAGAGCGGCAAAGCCCCCUCAGGAAGAAAUCUUUAAUUUCGAUCUUUACGAAAAAGAAAAGGCCCAGAAAACAUCCACCACAACCCCGAUUGUCAUUAACGAUAAUGUCGCGUCAAAUAGCCGAGAAUUGGACAUGGACUAUGAUCAAGACAUGAUGGAUAUUGAUGAUAUUUAUGAUGGUAACGAUUAUAAUGAAGAUUCUGUAAAUAAUGAAGAUAAUGAAGAUUCUACCAAUUUUGAAGACGUUGACAAUAAUGAUGAUGGUGAUGAUGAUGAUGAGGAUGAGGACGAGGAUGAGGAUGAGGAUGAGGAUAUGCCUGUAUUUAAACGCCCCCCUUUGCAUAAAAGGGGUAUUUUGUUAAGCGAUAGCGACGAUGAAUCAGACAUUGAAACAGAGCGAAAUACCACCCGAAAUAAUCAAGAAAUGACUCAAGAAGAAAUAGAUGCGGUAUUUGAUUUCCCCACAUACUCCCACAGACGCCAUUUACGAAAAGCAGAGGAUAUGGUAGUGCCUAUUGUUAAUGAUGAAUCUGAGUAUCCAGAAGUAAAAAGAACAAGAAUGAGUAUCAAAGAUUUGAAGGCGCAUACACUAAAAAAUGUGCUGCCGGCAUCGUUCUACAAGCUAAAUGAAAGUAAAUUUCGCGAAGAAAUUCAGCAACGCAAAUUAUCACGGCAACAACAGAAAAAAGUACACCAUGUUACUUCAGCUACAACCUCUCAUAGUGACCGUGUACAAAGGGAUGCGGAAGAUGUGUUUGCUGCAUUUCGUUCGGAAAGUGAUGAGGAAGAAGAGAAUACUGCUUACACCAGCAAUGCAUCCUUCUUUAGUCCUCCCCCUUCAGUAGGAACUAGCAAAGAAAAAGAAAAGGCCCUCCAAGCUCGAAACGACUUUUUCAAUACAAUAGCCAACCCCUCUCCUUCAGUAACAAGUUAUAAAGGGAAAGAAAAAGUCCCUCAAGACAAGCAUGACUUUUCAAGUAGAAGGACCAACAUUCCUCAUUCCGUGGGGGUCAGUAUAGGAAAAAACACAGUUCCUUUUACCAGGAAUGAUUUUUCAAAUGUCGUGACCACACCAAGAAGUUCCAGUACAAGCGGCAUAGCUCAUAUCUCAUCAGCGUCUCCUACAACACGUCCAUUGCAACGUAGAGUAUCCGAUCCGAAUUCAAGUGUUCCAGGACGUCCUUUAGAAGCUAUAGAAUACAAUAGAAUACCUGGACAACGUUAUCAUCCUGGUGAGAGUAUAAAACGUAUCCCUUCAGCGUCUUCUACAACACGCCAGUUACCACGUAGAUUAUCCAACCUGGAUCUAAGUGCUCCCAGACACCUAUCAGAAACUAAUGGAGACAACAGAAUGCCUAGACAACGUUAUAAUUAUGGCGAGAGUACACAUAUCCCUUCGGCAUAUUCUACAACACGCCAAUCGCCACGUAGAUUAUCCGACCCGGAUCCAAGUGCUCCCAGACGCCCAUCAGAAGCUACAGGUGACAACAGAACGCCUAAACAACCUUAUCGCCCUGGUGAGAAAAUUAACAUGGUAUCUGCUCAGCCUGAUAGAUCAGCUACAAAGUCUUCCUUUUCAGCCUCCAGUUCUGCCUGUGUAAAAAGACCUGGAUCCAAUGCAGAAAUAACGAAUAAUUCAGAACCACAAAAGAAAAAGAGAAAACCAAAGAAAACACCACAUAAUGUCUACAUGCUACCACCGUACUAUACGCCCGAGUGGCUGGAGGAACAAGGACUAAGAAUACCCAACAAUAAUACCAUACCUUAUCCUAAUCCUAAUCCUAAUACUGCCGGUACAGUUCAGGAACGUGCCAGAAAAAGAGCAUUGGAUGACAUUUGUGUGAAUACAAAACGAUCAAAACUAUGGGUUAGAAGUGGUUUAGCAUUUAAUCUUAAAACUGCAGCCCUUAUAAGAGCCAAGUACGAACAACAAGUUUCUUCGAAUAGCGCGAUACAGCCCUAUUCCCUGGAAAGCGUUGCAAAAAAAGUGUAUGAAAUAAUGGAUAACAAUUUUCGACGUCUAUCUGGGUCGGAAAAGACGGUAUAUUUGCAUCACAAACUACUACUGCCUAUCUUAAAUCCUAAUUUUGACACAAAAUUAUAUUAUGCUAAUUUAAAAGAAAACUAUUCUGAAUUAGUCUUUUUUGAAAAAGAUUAUCAAUGGAGCCAAUUUAGCCCUUUCAGAAGAGAAAUCAAACCUUUUGACGGUCUUUUUAAAAAACUAUUUCGAGAUUUUGCCGAAAUGCGUCGUCGCUCCAAAGAUAACCCAGAAACUAUCCAAGACGAAUUACCUGGUCAUGAUCACUUUUACGUCUUUAUUUCGCUUUACAUCUCACAAUGGAUUCCUCUCCAUGACGCUGAAGAUCAACAACGAUCGGUAAAUCUUCUUGCACGCCAUAUUGGAGGGUUAACGGGAUUGAUCUCAAAAUUAUCUGAGGCUGAGCAACGUGAGAAUAUACCCUGGAAACCAAUCAUUAAACUUAUGCUGUUUAUUUUGGACUGGAGUUGUAGACUUUAUAAAUUAGGUGCGAUCAAAGUGAUUUGCUCCGUCACCAACUGUACUGCUAUUCUGUUGGAUAUCCUUGUCUCUAUUGGCAUUAAGCCUCUCAAGGACAACAAGGAAGAGUAUGUAAUCGAAGCUUGGUAUUGUCUGUUUCACGUCAUGUCAGUUUCCUAUCGAAACAGUGGUUAUGGAUUUAAGGCGCGGGUCUUCGUUGAUCAAAUGACAAGUAGCAUCCAGCGAAAAUUAAAAAGGGAAGUGGAAAAACGACGAACAAUUUACUUGUGGGUUGAAACUUUGACAGAUUUGCUGACAAAUCAUAUAAAGUAAUAACAAAUACUGUUCCUUUUCUUAAAUAUAUCAAAUAGUCUAGCUUGCCUUUCAAAAAAAAAAAAAAUACCCUUUGUCAUUAGAACAACUGUUCAUUGUUUGUGUACAAUAAAAUUGAAAAAAAAAAAAAGGCA